AUGGCCGACGCAUCCGACCACGUCGAGACCCCAUCCGUAUCGACGACUGCUGUUCCUGCUGUUCAAGCAAAUGUCGCAGCUGCUAAUGAUCCUGCAAUGCAAGAGAAACUUAUUAGUGAAGAGUAUAAAAUUUGGAAGAAAAACACGCCGUUUCUGUAUGACUUGGUCAUGACUCAUGCGCUCGAGUGGCCUUCGCUCAGUGUACAGUGGUUGCCUCACUCCCAUACCUCGGCGGGAGACGACUUCUCGGUACACAAGCUGCUGUUGGGUACACACACGUCCGGUGCAGAACAGAAUUAUCUUAUGGUCGCAGAAGUACGUCUUCCUCUCGAAGACACAGAGAUUGACGCCCGCAAGUACGACGAGGAGAGUCAGGAGCUUGGCGGAUUUGGAGGCGUCUCGGGCAAAGUCGACAUUAAGAUCCGUGUCAAUCAUGAUGGAGAGGUAAACCGAGCGCGUUUCAUGCCGUCUGAUGAGCUUAUUGUGGCCACCAAGACACCUCAUGCAGAGGUGCAUGUGUUCGAUAUUUCAAAGCGGCCGUCGCAGCCUGAAGAAAACUCGGGUUCCGACCCAGAUUUCCGAUUGCUUGGCCAUACCAAGGAAGGUUAUGGUCUCUGCUGGGAUCCACACCAACCUUUUCACUUAAUCUCCGGCUCGGACGAUGCCAUUAUUUGUGAGUGGGAUAUUCGAAACGCUGGCAAGACCGUGCAACCGCUGCACAAGUACAGCGGACACAGUGAUGUGAUUGAGGAUGUGGCGUGGCAUAUGCAUCAUACAAAGAUUUUUGGCUCUGUCGGCGAUGACAAGAAACUACUCAUCUGGGAUAUGCGCUCCGAGAGCUACGAUAAACCGGCAACGACUGUGUACGCACACACAGCUGAGGUCAAUUGCUUGGCCUUUAGUCCGUUCAGCGAAUAUUUGGUCGCUACGGGCUCGGCGGACAAGCACGUCAACCUCUGGGAUAUGCGUAACAUGAAGGCCAAGCUGCACUCAUUUGAGGGUCACAACGAUGAAGUCUAUCAGAUCCAGUGGUCACCCCAUAACGAGACAAUUCUAGGUUCUUGCUCGGCUGACCGCCGGAUGCACGUAUGGGACCUCAGCAAGAUUGGCGACGAGCAAUCGCCCGAAGACGCUGAAGAUGGACCCCCAGAGCUGCUAUUCAUUCACGGCGGCCACACCUCCAAGAUUUCGGACUUUUCGUGGAAUCCGAACGAUCCGUGGAUGGUGGCCUCCGUGGCAGAGGACAAUGUCCUACAGAUUUGGCAGAUGGCCGAGAACAUUUACAACGAGGAAGACGAAGAGACUGACCAGGCGGAGGUUGCCGAGGACGAGCUCGAAUAG